AUGGCGUCGAGCUUUCCGGCCAACAAACAAACUGUCGUUGGGCUACUCAUGUUUCUCCUCGUCCUUUGGACGCUAUCAACGUUUACGCAGACAACACCGAACACGCCCGCGCGUAUUACACAUCAGCAGUCUGGAGACGCCAUCGCGCCCUUACGGAAUCCUGAUUCCCAGUCCGACAGCAAAUCCAACAGUAAAACCGGCAAGCCAUCACCAGAUAAAUCGAAGUCACCCCCGGGCGCAUCCCAUCCAGAUAAGGCGCCCCAGGUCUCGCUUCCGCCAUGGUAUAAGGAAGAUGAUGAAAAGGCCGAUGCUAAGGCUUCCAAUCAGCCCGAAAAGGCGACGCCGUCCGCAGUAGAUGGUGCGGCAGGCAGCUCGAACAAGCCUGGCUCAUCAUCUUCUGACUCGUCCAAGCCCGCGUCUUCGCCUGCCAAAGGCAAGACACUGAUCCUCUACGCCUUCGCCGAGUCCGCUCCUGCCCUCGACAACCUCCAAUUCUUUAUCAAGCAGGGUUUGCAUGACGCCGCCGAUUUUGUGUUUCUCCUUAAUGGCGAGACAAACGCAUCGAGCAUUAUACCCGAGAAGAAAAACAUUAGGGUUGUCAAACGUGACAACACCUGCUUCGAUCUCGGCGCUUACGGGGAGGUCCUUCGGGAGAAUGACUUGUACAAGAAAUACAAGCGAUUCAUCAUGAUGAAUGCGAGCAUUCGCGGUCCAUUCCUCCCUCACUGGGCCAAAUCCUGCUGGAGUGACCUGUACUUGGAUCGUGUUACCGACAAGAUCAAGUUGGUUGGUAUGACCGGCAACUGUUGGCCCCGGUUCCACGUACAAUCCAUGAUCUGGGCCACGGACGAUAUUGGCAUUGAUUUGCUCCUCCAUCCUCCUCCAAACUCCUCUGAUCCUGAUCAAUUCGGCAACGAAAAUGACGCGGUUGGCCUCGCUGGCUGCUACGAUGGCUGGAACCAUGCGGUGCAUGCUGAAGUUGGUGCUACGGGCCUCUUCACGAAGCAAGGAUAUGAGGUAGAUCUGAUGAUGACGGCUUUUCACAGCUCCAAGAAGUAUAUUGAGGAGUGCGACACUUCUCAUAACGGGGACGUACUUUGGAAUGGCGCGUAUUUUGGGACGAACGUGCAUCCAUACGAGACGAUUUUCAUCAAAGCCAACCGAAACAUCGACCCUGUGCUUAUUGAUCACUUGACGACGUGGCAACAGGCCUCGGGCUACAGCAGUUACGAUGUUUGUGGCACAAGUUCUUAG